UGGAAUCGAGUUACAUCAGUAGGGUGUCUUCAUAAUUAGCGAUGUGUGUUAUUUUUAAUGAGUUACCGCUGUGACGAAUUCUUUUAGUGACAAUCACAGAGUAAAAACAUAUCCAAUAAACACACGCGCAGGAGUGUCGCAGAUCUCCAUCAGAUAUCAAGCUAUUUUGUUUAUAUCAUCUAUCGUUAUCCAUAGAUAACAGAUAUGAAAAUUUUACAAUCAGGUCUGUUUUGGUAGGUUUCGUUGGCGGUUGUACAGUCAACAAUAUCCGGAUGAACAAUGCCCAGAGAGAAUUUUUAAAUAAGCGAAAUCUAAAAAGGUGUAAGACUGCUGCAGUGCCGUUUGUCCAGCCCGAGUUUCUGAGAGCAUCUCCACACCAUAACCACCCGGGAGUGACCAACAUGAAAACCGUUAGACUUCCCAGGGAACUGCAGAGUGGGGCACUGUCUGUCAUCUACAAAUCAGAGGUGAAGGAUCUGUCAGAGAGAGCGUGCAAGCUGACUAACUUCUUGUGGAGCAGGAAGCGAGCGGUGGAGAGCCAUGAGCUGAGAGAGAGAGCCAUCGCUCUGGAGAAGAAGUGGAAGGAGAAGGAGGAGGAGCGACUGAGUGAUGAAAACCAUGUCUCCUUUGAAAAUCGAAUCAGGAAGAAAGUUUUAUCUGAGCUGAAGAGGACAACAUACCACUGGACACCUUUAAAGUAUGAUGCUGAUCUCGGUGUGGUGUACAUGGCUGCCAGAUUAGCAGGUGGCUACGCUGCAGUGAUGAGGGCUCUUAAUGAGAUAAAGAAGAUAGACUCUUCCUUCACUCCUCAUUCACUGCUGGACUUUGGCUCUGGACUCGGCACGGCUCUGUGGGCCGCACACACACACUGGGGCGACUCUCUGAGGGAGUAUGUGUGUGUCGACACCUCUGCAGCCAUGAACAGUCUGGCCGAGAGACUUCUCACAGGAGGCAUUGAAGGAGACAAGCAACUCAUCAAACACGUCUACUUCCGUCAGUUUCUUCCUGUUUCUCCAAAGGUUCAGUCUGAUUUGGUUCUUGCUGCUUUCUCUUUAUCAGAGUUACCCACUCAGGAAGUGCGAGAGGAGACACUGCUCACACUGUGGAGGAAAACACACUCCUACCUGGUUUUAGUGGAAAACGGAACAAAAGAAGGACAUGAGAUCCUCAUGGAGGCCAAAGACAUCUUACUUAAGAGGGAAGAAAAAGUGAGUUGUGAUGUUCGGAGGCCGGUGGUGUUCGCUCCGUGUACUCAUCAGCUGCCAUGUCCCAAAUUACUGAAGCAGCCAGUCACACCCUGCAACUUCCUGCAGCCCUACUACCCACUUCCUGUGGCCGGGAACAGCGAGCCUGUGCAGGAGAAGUUCAGUUUCCUGGUCGUGUCCCGAUCAGAGCUGCAGAAUUCCGAGGCAGUGCAGUGGAGCAGAUUAAUUUCUCCCAUCCACAGACGACCGAGACACGUGCAGUGUCAGAUCUGCUGCUCGAACGGGGAACUCAAACAGCUCGCCAUUACCGCAAGGCAUCAUGGGAGAGACACGUACCGCUGCGCUCGGAGGAGUGACUGGGGGGACCGACUGCCGAUCAUCCACACGGAGAAACACUUGUCCACUUUCUCUCAGUUCUGCUGAAAAACUCAUGAGAACCCAUCAGACAGUUCUAUUUGUUCCUAAUGGUUUUCUGAUGGUCUGUGGUGGUAGUGAUGGAAGGCACUAGUGGUAUUUAACAGGAACCAGUUAAUCCCUAAUGGAUAAAGUUAAGACAUAGGCCAUUAUGUGAUGGAACCCAUUAGAGAUUUUCACACUGGGUUGUAAUUUUCUGAAGUACAUUGAGUCGAUAUUCAUGAUUUACCCCGAAUGCUUUGCUGCACUUACACAUGGUGGAUGAAGUUGUUUAUAAACAUUGGCAAUAAAACCCUUCAUAUUUCAGAAA